GCUACCACUACUGCUACAGUUAAAACGCUGGAUUUUCAUAAUUGGAUACGAGUCUAGAGUCGAUUUGUGGCAGCGUUUAUAAGUGUAUCUCGAUUUAAGGUAUCUUGCUGGGUAGACGCAUGGAAGGAGAAAGAGCGAGAGAGAGAGGCCAUUGAUUCCAACUAGUAUGCUUAUACGGCUCGUGUUUGGUAGAUGACGAAACUGACCGAGGUGUUUACAAGCACAGAUCCGGUGUGUUUGGGUUAGAAGUUUUGGUGCGAUCAUACAAUCGUUGUGUGCACGACCGACCGGUCUUCGGACUCCGAAUUUAAUUUUUUUACUCGAUUGAUUUGAAUCGAAGUGCGUGAAAAGUGGUGCUUUUAUAAAUAUCGUUUGGUAAAAUGGCCAAGUCAAAUGGUUGUUAUAAAGUUAAAAAGUUGACGGAGCAACAAUGCAAGAGCGAACAAUUGGACGAGUUCGAUGCCUUAAGCGCCAUUUACUGCGGUCAAAUGCGCGAUUUACGAGGUAAAAAUAAUAAGAAUAAGAAAAAAUGGAAACCCAUGCAGUACGCCAUCAAUCUCUGGCCACAAAGAAAUACUUCCUUGGAGGGUAAAUUGGAGAUUCAUGCACAAGUUGAUCUUAAAGUGGAGUGUGGACCUAAUUAUCCCAAUGAUGUUCCUAAACUCUCUUUUCAAAAUGCCAAAGGAGUAUCUGAUAAAAACUUAGAUAAACUACUUUCUAAAUUGUAUGAGUUGGCUGAACAGAAAAAAGGCAGCGUUAUGAUUUUUGACCUUUGUCAAGUAGUCCAAUCUUUUCUCAGUCCAUUUAAUAAACCAGCCCACAAGAGUUUUCAUGAUGCCAUGUUACAUAGAAAUGAAAAAUUAAUACAGGAAAAAGAACAGCAAAUAGAAGAAGAGAAUCGCAAGAUGCUAAAAAAUGUUCUAUCAGAAUGUCGUUCUGUCAUAAAAGAAUCUUAUUAUUUACGUUCUGAUUCCAAUCAGUUUACAAAUUUUCAAGGUGUACAAGAUAAAUAUAAAGAGCCAACUAAAUGUAAACAUAAUGAUGAUCCUGAAAUAAUUAAUUUCAAUGAUGCAAACAUAAGGGUUAAACGAAUUCAGUGCAUAAAACAUAAUGAAGAUGGCUCAAUUAUAUUUAAAGCUGCAGAUGUGGAUUCUCUUGAGCCACUGUGCCUAAGUAAAUGGAGUUUGGCAUAUUCAUCUAAUCAGUUACCAAAAAUUCAAAAAAUUAUUACAAGUAUAGAAAAAGAUUUUAAAAUAGUGCAAAAAAUGAAUCAUCCAAACUUAGCCAAGUACUUGGGUAUCGAAUCAUUUAUUGACGAUGAAAUAAUUAGGAUUUAUAUUCUAAAAGAAAUUUGCCCUGUUAUGUUGUUUUCUUAUGAAAAUGUGUUUGGAUCUAUUUACAAUGAAAAUAUCAUCCAAAGUUUUACAAAGGCUGCUUUGAGGGCUUUGGAACAUCUACAUGCUAAAAAUUUAACUCAUGACAGUCUUAAACAAUCAAGCUUGCUUUUAAGUGAUAACAGAAUCCAAAUAAACGAUUACACAAUUGAAAAAAAACUCACUGAUCUUUGUAAAUUAAAAUUUGAUGAAGAUGUAGAAAAAGUAGAAACAAAAAAAUUGAAAGAUGUUAGUCGAUUGGGUCGUUUAAUAUUAACUUUUCUUAAGGUUCCCUUAACUGACCCAAUAACUUUGCCUGCAAAUAUUUCGCGGUCGUUGGAUGAUUUUCUACGCAAGGCACUAGCAAUUGAGAAGGAACGUUGGUCAGCAACACAAUUACUUAAACAUGAAUUUAUAGAAGACUAUGUAAUGGAAGAAUCACUAAAGCAAAUCGUUGCUUUAAGUCACUCCAUCGCAAUCGAUCACAAUAGGAGUUUACCGAUCAUAGACACCGGUAUUUUCAAUAAAACUUCGCGUUUGAUAGAAGAGUUCUGUAAUUUCACAUUUUUGGGCAAAGGAGGUUUUGGCUCGGUUUUAAAAGCUCAAAACAAAUUGGAUGGACGUUAUUACGCCAUCAAGAUCAUUCGUUUACCCAAAAAAGAAGGGCCAAUGAAUAAAAAAAUUAUAAGAGAAGUGAAAUUGCUUUCUCGACUUAAUCACGAUAAUGUUGUGAGAUAUUAUACAUCAUGGAUAGAGGAGUCUAUCGUGGAUCCUAAAGAUAAAACUUCUCUAGGCUUGCCUUGGAUUCUAAUGCAAAAUGACGAAGACGAAUUCUACGAUGAAGAUGCAGUAGAUGGUGCAGUAGAAGAAUAUGACGAUGAAGAUGACGAUGACGACGACGAAGAUGACGACGAUGAAGAUGGCGAUAUUAAUAGCAGAGAUGAAGCAGGUGAAUCGUUAUCCGAAACCGAGUAUUCGAAAGCAUCGAAUACAGGAACAAUUUCGGAAGGAAACUUUAUAGUGUUCGAAAGCGGAUCGAAUAGAUCGCCAGGGAGAGUUCCAUUAAGCGGUAGAAGAUUAAGCAGUGAACAACCAGAAGAAGCCACGGAGAAUUCUUUGGGACCCGAUAAUAAAACAUCUAAAAGAAUUAUUGUUAUGUACAUUCAAAUGGAAUUUUGUGAGAAGAGUACACUUGCAACAGCCAUCGAACAUAAUCUCUACCGAAAUGAACCCAGACUCUGGCGAUUGUUUCGUGAAAUAAUCGAAGGUCUAGCACACAUUCAUGAGCAGAGUAUGAUUCACAGAGACUUGAAGCCAGCCAACAUUUUCUUGGAUAGCAGCGAUCACGUAAAAAUCGGGGACUUUGGAUUGGCUACAAACAGCAUGCUGUCGCAGCAUACUCACGGCACUAAUGCUGCUCAGAACGGAGAUACAGUGGAAAAACAAGGGCAAUUAAAUAUAGAAAUGUCAGCAAAUGGAUACGCUGGGUCUCUAACUGGAGAAAUCGGUACCGCGUCUUAUUCAGCCCCCGAACUGAAUUCUAAAAACUCUCGAGCGAUUUAUAAUCAAAAGGUAGAUAUCUACAGUUUAGGAAUUAUAUUUUUUGAAAUGUGUCGUGCACCUACGACCGGUAUGGAACGUGCCUUAUCAAUUCAAAAAUUGAGGUCAAAAGAAGUAAUUUUACCUAAAGAGUGGAGUACGGCUGAAAUGAAAACCAAAGCAAACCUUUUGCGUUGGUUAUUGAAUCAUGAUCCCAAACAGAGACCCACGUCACAACAACUUCUAGAAUCGAAGUAUAUUAUGGACAAGUUUAACUCCGCGGAUGAAACCACAAUCAAGAAUAUUUUCGAGCAGAAUUAUGAAUUAAAAUACGAUCUUGUCUAUACUAUGAACAUGACAAAGGAUGAGAUUCAUACAGUCGAAAUGCCUGUGAAAUACAACAAGGAACGAGAAGCUGUGAAACUCGUGGUCGUUAAAAUAUUUGAAAAGUACGGUGGUGUACCAGAUCAUACAAAUCUAUUGUUCCCUGAACCGAACGGUAUUAAAGAAAAUAGAAUUUUAUACAAAAUGAUGACUUACCAUGGAAGAAUAGUGUCACUUCCGUGUGAUCUUCGUAUUGCUUUUGCGAGAUUCGUCGCCUACAAUGGAAUUACAAACCUUAAUAGGUAUUCAAUCGAUCGAGUAUACAAUCACGAGAGGAAACAUGUGUCCAAACACCCUGAAGAAACUCUUGAGGCAGCAUUCGACAAAAUCUCUGCAGCCCCAAAUCCUUCGGCCGAUGUAGAACUGAUCUGCAUAGUGCUGGAGAUAUUCGAUCAGAUUCCUGCCAUGAGAGAUUGUGAUGUGAUCGUGCGAGUCAAUCACACAUCUUUGCUAGACGCCGUGUUAACGCAUUGUGGAGUUGAGGAGCAAAUGCUUGAAGACGCUAAGAACGCUUUGGACGUGAUACCGUCUGACAAGUACUGGCUUCGGGUUAUUAAAGCACGUCUAGUGAGUUUAUGUCUUCCCGAUCAAGUCAUAGAGAAACUUAUGAGAUUUACAAAGACGUCAAACAUAUCUGAUAUGAGAAAAUUGGUAAAUGGAUGGGGAGGGACUAAACACAAAUUAGCGCAGGAGGGAUUCAAAGAAAUCGAUCGAUUGAUAAAGGGCAUACAAAGUUAUAUGAACGGUUUUACUACACAAACGCCAUUCCCACCACCCAAAGUGAUUUUGGGUCCACUGUAUGCGUACAACAUAAAUAAAUAUAACGGAUUAAUGUUCUGUUUUCUUAGUAAAAUGAAAGGUCGUCAUGAAACCGUUGCAUACGGUGGCAGGUACGAUAAACUGCUUAAAAACUUUCGUGACAGAGUGAAUUAUGUUCCACAAGUCAAUCAAUGCAAACAGUAUGCUACAGGAAUUAGUAUUAAUUUAGACGUCAUUACCUCAUUUUGUGUCAAGUAUCAUGAGGAUCAAGAGCAACCCUUUGGUAUUUUAGCUGAUGUUCUCGUUUCUGUAAUAGGCGGUGAAGUCGAUCAACAAUUACCUGAAUUGUACUAUGUUUUAUCCAAAUUGCGCUUUGGGGGCUACAAAGUUUAUCAUACGAAUUUUGAUAAAAUAGAUGAGGCUAACAAAUUUUACAAAGAAAUGGGGAUCAAGCAAGCAAUUAUACUGAAACCCCCUUCAAAAAAAGUAUUCAUAUGGUCGCCACUGAGAAAACAUAUACACAACGUAGACGAAGUAGAAGUGCAGGACUUUGAUCAAUUUUUGAAUCCAUUAAAUCAAAAAGAUGAUUCUUCGUCCAUGAAUCGAUCAAACAGUUUUUCGACUCCUAAACCAUUCAAUAUAGACAUAAAGUGGAAUUCGGAGGAUGAUGAAGUAGAUCAAGACCUUGAAACCCAAAUACUUGAAACUUUAAGCGCGCAUUUACAGAAUUUACAAAAAACUAAGCCACAUCUUAGUGUUGAGUGUUAUUGCAUACGUGUAGACUCGAAUGCUUUUAGAUCCAUAUCCCGCCUUGGAUCUCUGAAACAGGAAAAGUUUCAGAAACUCGUUCAGAGUAUUAUGGAGCUAAACUCUCAUAGAAAAAAAUACAUAAAAACUAUUACGGAUGCAAUAUGGGAAGCAAAGACAAAUAAACCUACAGUGCAGUUGAUUCUAUAUAAUCUGAAUUACCACAAGUGGGGUAUACUUACUUGAAUAAUGGUACAAGUAAUGUUCAAAGACUGAUUUUAGGAGCAAUUCUCCAAUUUUUUAUAGAUAUAUAUUUUAUUGUACAAUAUAAAUUUAAGAUAGUGUCCGGAGAGAAUAAUUUUUUAAUAAAAUUAUUUUUCAAAUGAAUAUAUUUAGAAGUAAUUCUU